GAACCCACUGGGCAUAUACGUGAGUGAGUUCAGUACCGCCCCUAGCUGUCAACGUCAGGUGAUCUUUGGCAGGAUAAAACGAUACCAGAACCUGAACGGAAAACAAAAAUACACAGAUAGUCACGUGCAUUCGAGAUAUUUUCCAAUAUAAUAUUAAAACGUAGUGAAUUCGACAACUAAACUUAUCUGCUACUUAACUUAGGCCUAGUUUAUGCUUAUUGUUAAUGAAAAGAAAGGUGCCUAAGAACAUAGUACGGUUGAGUGAUUAGUAAGCUAAAUUAAAAAAGUACGCUAUUGAAUUUCUACAAGUCACAUAAGAAGAACAUUGAAGAACUAGUUUCGGAGAGGACAAAAAAUAAGAAGAAAACGAAUAUUUUUGAAGCUGUCUAUCACCUGCUAUCGGAACUCAUAUUCUUCAUUCAUACCUCCGAAACAAACUUCAAAAAUAUUCUGGUGCGAAUAUUGAGCAUUGACUGAAGAUGGAUUAUGACAUCGGUAAGCAUUGUUCCAAAUGUGACCGAUCUGAUACUGCGGACAAUCUUGUUGGAUGCGACAACUGCGAUACAUGGGUGCACUUCGGUUGCGCUGGAGUGACGGACUCUAUCGCAGAUCCGAAUCGCAGCUGGAAAUGCGAUAGAUGUAGUCAUCAAGUAGGAGAUUUAGUGUUUACUGAUGGUCGUUCUUCAACAAGUAGACGGUCGGCUCGUGCAGAUUUGAAUCUGAAACUACUUGAAGAACAGAAAGCUAUGCGGACCAAGAGAAUCCUGGAGGAAGAAGCAGCUCAGGCAUUCGCUCGACGGAAGAUUGCUGAAGAAGAGGAGAACUUCCUGAAACAAAAGUAUGCUAUACUUCUUGCGGAAGCAGACGACGCAGAGGAUGGUGCAAGUAGGAGGUCAAGACUGAGCAGCCGAGCCAGUCGCGAGAAAGUACGCUCAUGGCUUAGUGGUCAGGAAGUAGGCGCAUCAAAACAAUUUGUAAUAGCGCCAUCCAGCAGCAUGCCAGCAGUGGUCGUAUUCGCAGAGGCAGCCCAACCGUCAGCGUCUUCAGCAUUAGUUCUCAGUGCGACGUCAACAACGAACGCCCCAGACGUUGCAACAACAAAUAUUGGUAACGUUCCUUCAACAGUCGCUACCGGUCCAGCAUCGACUUCCACACCGAACUCUGCGGAGGCUACUAUAAUGGCGCUCUGUGGGGCGGAGACUAAUGUUCCCGGUAAAUACGUAUCAUGCACCGAAAUAUCGAUUAACCAACCACCGGUGAGUACUCCUUUGUUACCCAGAUGUGAUUCACCGCGUGGAGUUUCGGUUGGUCUCAGCUCUGCUCCAGUAGGGAAUAGCGGAAGUGUUCCUUCAAUUGUCACGAGCUUCCCCCCCAAAUCGUCUCUUGCGUUCCCUACGAACUCAAUCGUCAAAAGUUCAUCGUUGAGAGGUUUCAGCUACACACCAGUUGUGUGUAAUAAUGGGUCCAUUACACCUUAUACCGGCAAUGCACCAACAGGACUUGAUAGUUUAGUUACAAGCAGUGUAUCCACUGGCUUUACUAAUGAGGUAAUUAUAAGUAGUGUACCACAUCGUGCCAUUAAAAAAUCCGUACACACUGGCGUGGCAGUAUCGGCGCUAAGUAGGCUAUAUGAUAAUGUGUCUCUUAUGGACAAUACGAGCGUGGGUACAUCCAUACCAAUAAGUUCAACAAACUUAGUUUUGGCGCCAACUACAACACGUGCGGUCGAAACAUACCCGGUUUCGUCUCAAAACUCUGCGAUGUACAAAGCUGUGCUAAGUUCCGACUGUAGCUCCACUUGGAUAAACAACAAAAUCAUCAGUACGGGUGUCAGUGGUGUGCGUCAACAAGGCUGCAACCCAGUUCCAUGUUCAGCAGGAGUAGUAACGAUGCCCUUCAGCAACUACGGCAUGUCAACGAGUUCGAACGCCCCGAAUCAAACUACACACAGUAUUGCACCCGUCCAGAUGCAAGGGAAUGCUUUCCAACCAACAUCCUGUUCUGCAUACUUCGGUAACUCUGCAGCUAGUCAGUAUCAACAGCAUCAACAUCAGCCACAGGAACAACAGUUUCAACAGUCAAGUGAACAUCGUGGCCCCUCGAGUGAACAGCUAGCGGCAAGACAAGUUAUGCCACGCGAGCUUCCAAUGUUUUCCGGGGAUCCACAGGAGUGGCCUUUGUUUUACAGUUCGUUCCGUAAUUCUACAGAGGCAUGUGGAUUUAGCGAUGCGGAGAACCUGGCAAGACUUCAACGGUGCCUCCAAGGAAAUGCCCUAGAGGCAGUGAGAAGCAGACUGCUGAUGCCACAAUCGGUGCCAUACGUCAUCAACGUGUUGCAGAGGUUGUACGGUCGGCCAGGUAUUCUUAUCCAUUCACUUUUGCGAAAGCUCAGAGCGGUUCCCUCUCCGAAGGCCGAGAACCUGCAUUCUCAAAUCACAUUUGGUUUGGCUGUGCAAAACGUCGUAGAUCAUAUGUCCAUCGCCAACUUAACAGAUCAUUUAGAGAAUCCGACAUUGCUUUACGAGCUAGUGGAGAAACUUCCUCCACAACUAAAAAUGCAGUGGUCGUACUUCAAAAACAGAUGGUCGCAUGCUAAUCUAGCAACGUUCAGCGCAUUCAUGUCCGAAUUGGUGGUGAUGGCUUCGGACGUCACACUUCCGAUUGAUGCCAAAUUCGGUCACGCGGGGAAGGACAAGCCAAAAUUGUUCACUCAUUCGGAAGAUACUCAGCCGAUACUUCCCUCGAUUGCUGAGAAAAACGAAGCAGACUCAGUAAACAAAACAUGUUUAUAUUGCGCGGAAAUUAACCACGAAAUAGCAAACUGCGCAGAAUUCAAAGAACUAGAGAUCAAUGAUAGGUGGAAAGUGAUCAAGCAAAGAAACCUAUGUAGGAGCUGUCUGAUACCUCAUCGCAAGUGGCCAUGCCGAGCAAGGAAAGAAUGUGGCGUAGAUGGGUGUGAAAUUUACCAUCAUAAACUGUUGCACACCGCUCGAUUUUCUUCGCUGGAGAACCCGAAAACAACCUGUGGCGCAAAAUCGAAAGCUGUUGUCCAUCAAAACAUGCACAGUUCUAUGAAAUAUUCUCUAUUUCGUUACUUGCCGGUGACGAUUCACGGAAAUGGCCAACAAAUCCAAACAUACGCCUUCUUGGAUGAUGGAUCUUCUUCCACUCUGUUAGAAUCUAGCAUUGCAUCGUCGUUAGGUAUCAAAGGGCCAACGGAUUGCCUCUCACUUACUUGGACAGGUAAUAUAUCAAGAGAGGAAAAGGAAUCCCAACGCAUCAGUGUAGUAAUCUGUGGCGAAGGAAAAGAAUUCAUUCUCCACAACGUGCGCACUGUACGAAAGCUUCGAUUACCGACUCAAACGAUGGAAUACGAUGAAUUACAACGUUCUUAUCAGCACCUGAAGGGCCUGCCUGUACGCAGCUAUACGAACGCUUCCCCGGGAAUAAUUAUUGGAAUAGAGCACGUCAAGUUAUUAACUUCGUUACGAGUUAGAGAAGGUAGAGACAACGAACCAGUGGCAUCCAAAACACGUCUCGGAUGGUGUAUCUACGGGAAGAGCUUGGACAGCGAAUCAACUAUGGAGCAACCGAGCCUCCAUUUGGACGGUGAGAACGGCAAUCGUGAACUACAUCUUUGGAUGAAGCAGUUCUUCGCCGUUGAAGAGUCUACCGUGACUAUCAAACCAGAAGCCGAAGAAGACAAGCGUGCACGGCUAAUCAUGCAGGCGACAACUCGACGGGUGAAUGAGGCUUACGAAACGGGACUCUUGUGGAAGUACGACCACGUCUGCUUCCCUGAUAGUUACCCUAUGGCACUACGACGGAAAGCGCUAGAGAAAAAGUUGAAUAAGAAUCCAGCCCUUGAAUCAAAGGUUAAGCAGCAGAUAUCUGAGUAUGAGAGCAAAGGAUACGCCCAUCGCAUUACACCGGAUGAGAUUGAAUCUACAAACCCGGAGAAAGUGUGGUACCUGCCUUUAGGUAUUGUGCAAAACCCUAAGAAACCUUCAAAGUUGCGGCUGAUUUGGGACGCUAAAGCUCGCGUGGAUGGAGUGUCAUUUAAUGACAUGCUAUUAAAAGGACCGGAUCUCCUGGUGGCGUUGAUGGCAGUAUUAUUACGCUUCAGGCAGAGGAACAUUGCCAUUGUAGGAGAUAUAAAGGAGAUGUUUCAUCAGAUCCACAUCCGCAACGAAGAUAAACAAUCGCAGCGUUUCAUUUUUCGUGAUAACCCAGAAUCGAAGCCCGAAAUCUACAUCAUGGAUGUCGCUACACUCGGGGCCACCUGCUCACCUAGUCUGGCGCAGUUUGUUAAAAACAUUAACGCCAGGGAGUUCGCAGAGAGCUAUCCCAGAGCCGCUAGUGCAAUCAUACACAACCACUACGUGGACGACUUUCUAGAUAGUGUAGAUACGGAAGAGGAAGCCGUGACGUUGGUACAUGAGGUAAAACACAUACACUCCCACGCAGGGUUUGAGAUCCGAAAUUUUAGCUCCAACUCUACAAGAGUACUGAACAUCAUUGGAGAAUGCGAAGCGCUACAACAAGUUUCCAUGAACCUAGAAAAAAUUUUAGAUCUGGAACGGGUAUUGGGCCUGAUUUGGCAGCCCAAAGAGGACAUCUUCACCUUUGAUUUAAACGGUCUUAAUGAAGAGAUUAAAACGUUGGUCACUAGGUCAACUACACCAACUAAACGCCAAGUCCUACGAACAGUUAUGUCCCUGUUUGACCCUCUAGGCUUAAUAUCUCAUUUCGUCGUGCAUGGGAAAAUCCUGAUGCAGCAGAUAUGGAGAUCCGGAACUGCGUGGGACGACCCUAUCGCAGUUGAACUGCAUAACAAGUGGAAGUGCUGGUGUGAGUAUAUGCUGCGCUUGAAUGAGGUAGCAGUUCCACGCUGUUUUUUCAAAGGAGUAAAAGGUGCUACGCUCCAACAUGUUGAGGCACACUUGUUUGUAGAUGCGAGUGAAGAGGCUAGUGCAGCAGUUCUCUAUUUUCGCCUCAUCGAUAACAGCACACCACGGUGUGCAUUGGUAGCAGCGAAAACGAAAGUCGCGCCGUUAAAACCACUUUCUAUACCUCGGCUGGAGCUACAAGCGGCGAUGAUCGGAACCAGAUUACUUGAUUCUGUUUUGAGCUCAUUAGAUUUCCAGGUUAAAAAGCGCUUUCUGUGGUCGGACUCAUCAACUGUACUCUCUUGGUUGCGAUCCGACAGUAGAAGAUAUCAUCAAUUUGUUGCAUUUCGUGUGGGAGAGAUUCUCACUUCUACUAGCGUGGAUGAAUGGCACUACGUGCCAUCAAAACUAAAUGCUGCUGACAAGGCUACGAAAUGGAAAGAUGGGCCAAGUUUCGACCCAAGAAACAUCUGGUAUAGCGCACCUGAAUUUCUAUAUAAGCCAACAGAACAAUGGCCCAAGGAACCGACCCAGAAACAAAUGGAUACCGAAAUAGAAUUACGUGCGGUUUUUCUGUUCCAUCGCAUAAUGCCGAAACCUUUGAUCGACGUCUCCAGAUUCUCUAACUGGCAUCGACUCCUGAGAACAGCAGCCUAUGUCUUACGCGCAGUGCGUUUGUUCAAAGGAGAAAGGGGGUCUAAAUCGGAUUACUUGUCGCAAAAGGAACUACAUGCUGCUGAAUGUUUGAUGUGGCGGCAGAUACAAUCCGAAAGUUAUCCUGAUGAAUCUACAAUAUUGCAGAAUAAUCAGAAAAAUCCUAACAGCGCUGUUCUAAUUCCGAAAUGUAGCCCGCUACAUGGGCUGUCACCAUUCAUUGACAAAACCGGUGUCAUAAGGAUGAACAGCAGGAUCAUCGCGGCGCGAACCGUUUCAGCUGAUACAAAGUACCCAAUACUAUUACCGAAAAAUAAUCCUACAACCCACCUGCUCGUCGAGAACUAUCAUCGGCUGUUCCUACACGCUAAUGGAGAAACAGUUUGUAACGAGAUGCGUCAAAAGUUUCAUAUACCUGGAUUAAGGAACCUUAUACGUCGGGUGUCAAAGCAAUGCUGGAACUGCCGCGUUAGAAAGGCUACACCACAAUCACCAAUGAUGGCACCCCUUCCAGAAGUGAGAGUUACAGGAUUCGUACGCCCAUUCACCCACACCGGAGUGGACUACUUCGGGCCGAUACAGGUAAAGCAAGGACGGUGUUUAGUAAAACGAUGGGUGGCGUUAUUCACGUGCCUCACGGUACGCGCGAUACAUGUGGAAUUGGCUCACAAUCUCUCUACACAAUCAUGCAUUAUGGCGAUAAGACGAUUUGUGGCACGACGAGGCUCCCCCAAGUCAUUCUAUAGUGACAAUGGGACAAAUUUUGUGGGAGCCAGCAACAUAUUAGCAAAACAGAUCAAAGACAUCAACGAGGAGUGUGCAGUAACCUUUACUAACUCUGCGACCAGCUGGGAGUUCAAUCCACCAUCGGCGCCCCACAUGGGUGGAUCAUGGGAGCGCAUGGUACGCUCUAUAAAAACAGCUAUGUCGGCCAUUGCGAAUCAUCAGCAUCAUCCAAGCGACGAAGUCUUGCAAACGGUAGCUACGGAGGCGGAAGCGAUUGUUAAUUCUAGACCAUUAACGUAUGUCCCAUUGGACUCAGCAGAACAAGAGGCUUUAACGCCCAACCAUUUCCUGCUGUUUGGUACCAGGGGCAUAGUUCAACCAGCAACUUCGGUUACUUCAGUAGGAAACAGUUUGAGGGAUAGUUGGCGCCUUGCGCACUACUUGGUGGAUCAAUUCUGGGGUAGGUGGAUACGAGAGUACCUACCCACCAUAACUAGACGCACUAAGUGGUUCGAUCCAGUUAAGCCGCUAGAGGUAGGAGAUCUAGUGCUGGUCGUCGAGGAGAACAAACGCAACGGUUGGCUGAGAGGACGAAUAGUAGAAGUGACCAAGGCAUCGGAUGGUCAAGUUCGGAGAGCAAUCGUGCAAACAAAGAAUGGCUUCCUAAAUCGACCUGCGGUAAAGAUAGCUCCACUGGACCUUCGGACAUCUGGUCGGUCCAGAACUACACGGGCGGGAGGAGGUAACGAACCCACUGGGCAUAUACGUGAGUGAGUUCAGUACCGCCCCUAGCUGUCAACGUCAGGUGAUCUUUGGCAGGAUAAAACGAUACCAGAACCUGAACGGAAAACAAAAAUACACAGAUAGUCACGUGCAUUCGAGAUAUUUUCCAAUAUAAUAUUAAAACGUAGUGAAUUCGACAACUAAACUUAUCUGCUACUUAACUUAGGCCUAGUUUAUGCUUAUUGUUAAUGAAAAGAAAGGUAAA